UAAAUGACUGCAGCAAGAAAAUCCAGUGUGGGAGCGCACCGAGGCUGCCUCUGCCCGUCCCCGCUCUGCCUCCGUGUGUGACUGCUGGAGUGUGUCAGCGCGCCCGGCAGGGGCCAGUGUCGCCGCUCUCCUGCCAUGGAAGAAGCUCCACAUCAGUCCGACACGCAGCUCUGCGCGCCUUUCUAACACUCUCACACCUCUCCGAGCGGGACCAUCUCUGUCUCUCCGCUUUUUUUUUUUUUUAUUACCGGAACCGGUGCCCUAGCGGCGGGGGGAGCGGAUGCGGAGCGCAGCAGCGGUCGCCGGUGCGUCUCCAACUUGACCACCACCAGACAAUGGGAGUUGCUGAGCCGUGCUGCUGCAGCGCCAAGUACUACUACUACAACUACUCGCCCCUGGGAGACUUGUACGAGGAGAAGAGAGAGGAGGAGGUGAAGAAGAAGGAGAGGGAGAGGAAGAAGAGGAGGCAGAGCGGCUGUACCUGCGGACCUCCCUCUCUGAACAGCAGCAGCAGCAGCAGCAGCCCCGGGACUCCCGCAACAGUCGGAUCCAGAGCCGAGCUGGGAUGCAUGUGAGAGAAAACUGAAGCACUUUCUCGACGUGGGUCUGUUCUGUGAGUGGAUUUGGGGAAUAUAACGCACAGUUUUUUUGUUUGUUUUUUUGUUAUUGGGUUUUUUUUAUUCAGUCCUCUGGAGACAAAUUUUCUUCGCAAGGAAUAUGUCUUCUUUCCCCUUUAUGCGCCGUGGAUCUCUGACGGGACUCAAAGUGUAAUUGGGUGUAAUUGUGUGUCAAUUAACAGCAGCCUGUGAGCGGCUGAUCUCCCCCCUUCUCCUCACCUCCUUCUCUCCCUUCCCUACCUCCCCUCUUGUCCCCCCCAAAAAAUAAAUAAAUAAAUAAAUAAAUAAAAACCUGGACGCGCUUCCUCCCCGCAGCCCCCGCCGGUGCCUCUGUCCGUGGUCCUGAACGCAGUCUCGGGCUGGAUUUUCUGGAUAUUCUCCCCCCUCCUUCUCUCUCUCCCUCCCUUCCUUCCUCCCUCCCUUUACAUCCACGGUGACGGCGCUGGAGGCGUCGGAGCGGACACAAGCAUGAUUUCACGGGGAGCGAGGUCAUGAGCAUCCCGCGGCUCGGCACCGGCGACUCCGGGAUCUGAGAGAAAGUCCCUCCCCUCCUCCUCGGCGGAACAUUUUUUUUUUUUGGCUCACCUUGGAGGUCACAAACCACAACCGCGACCCCCCCCUCCCCUCUCAUCCUCUUCCUCCUCCUUUUCCACCACUGAAGGGAUUUUUUUCUUCUUCUGUGUGACCCCCCCCCCCACCCCUUCCUCCUUUCAGCAACACCUCCACGCCUCCCCCCCCCACCUCCAAACAAAAUGAGACUGGCCAAAAUGUGCCGACUAAACGCGCUGGGGAUCUAUCUGUGGGAAACGGUAGUGUUUUUCAGCUUGGCAGCAUCUAAAGAGGCUGCGGCAAGGAAAGCUGCCUCCCCGAUGCCCCCGUCCGAGUUUCUGGACAAACUCAUGGGCAAAGUUUCGGGUUACGAUGCCAGAAUCCGGCCGAAUUUUAAAGUGUACAACAAAGGUAAUUCCGCCCAUUGCUCAACUUAAAACAGAAAUAGGCUAUUUCAGGUGUUAGAUCCCAAACCCUACCCCUUCCUUCUUUUUUAACAUGACCCCGUCCCUGCACUUUUAACCCCAAUCAGAUGGCUAAACAUUACCCCACUGAGAUAUUUUAGGAUCUGUAGUUACCAUGAUGCUAGUUGGCUACAUUCCUUGGUAUCCACACAGUAUCCUGAGUGCUUGUUUUGGUGGUCAAGGUAAUGUGCCUCUCUCUCCCGCGAGCGUGCUGCUGAAUAUGAUUUCAUGAUGAUGAUGAUGAUAGAAUAUUUAGCGACCUCUCCCUGAAUGGAAGCCCCCAUAAAGACACAUGUCAGAGGUUUCUAUAUUAAACUUUCUCACAUUAGGAACACGGUCUGGACAUUAAUAUGACAUUAGAGAACUGGGGCAACCCUCCAUGCUCAUUAAAGCGUAUGAAUAAUACAACGAGUUAAAAAAGACCACAGUGAUUGGAGCGGACAGAAAUUUUAGCGCACCGAGAAACAAAACUGGAAUUGGUUUCACCUUCUGCUUCUCGGCAUAGAUGGAUGUUACCGAAUGAUGCCGUGAAAUGUUACAUUUGAGCCUUGUUGCAUGUUAAACGAUGCCAUAACUGAGGUUUACAGAGUGAAUGUGAGUCAUUUCUACUGUUGUAUAUUUAGUUUGUUAGGCAACUGUGUACAAAAUAUUAGCACCCUUGCAAUAUUCCACCUUCCUUUGUAUACAUCUUCCCUUAGAAUCCUGAGUAUAUCACCUGUUCUUGAAGUACCAAAGUCUACGUUGACUUCGGACUUAUUUUUAAUAGUCGAUAAUCAAAGGGUUUCUGUCAAAAACACUGUGACCUUUGAUGUUUUCACUUUGCAAUCUGGAGAGUAAAGCUCACCCCUUCUGUAUGUAUGUUAAUUUGCUCUGGAUAUGAACAUUGGUUCAGUCAGUAGGAAGAGAUACGAGUAUUUCACCUUCAAGUUUGAUCAAAAUCUGAGCAGCAGUAUCCGUAAGAUUACAUUUAAGUGUCCCCUGUAGAAGGAAUUCUGGAUGAAAUGUUGGUUUUAUAGGAACCUCAAAAGCAAAACAAAGAGUUUCAAAUGUUAUAAUUGUGACUUUUGGUUUUGCUAGUUUGAAUAACGCACUUUUACCUUUCGUAAGGAAUAUUUUCACACGCUGCUGCUCUGGUUUUGGCACAACCAAACGGAUGCCAGUGAUACUGAAUCGUCUCUGUGAACCUCGACCGUUGCCACUAGUAAAACCUGGAGGGACGAAGUACUGUACCUCUAUACUGAUUGAUCCAAGCACUGCCUGCAUCAUGUGAGGAUGUGAUGCCGUUUGCAUACUCGCCUGCAUCUGUCCUUCAUCUCUAAAGCAGAUUUAACGGGUGGAAUUAGUAGGUGUCCUAAUAUUUUGUACACUGAGCACACAGGUACACAGAAUGUGCACAAGUGAACUACAGCUUUGAUUUAUGAAUGCUGCCAUGAAGCUUUCUUUUCCUUUUUACUUCUUCUUUUAUUUCUUUUUUGCUGAGCCCAUAAUGGCGUAACCCAUUAUAUGGUGAUAUUUGUAGGUGGGAUAUCUUAGCUAAUGCAAGACAGAAUUGAGAGGGGCGACGUUUAUUCUUUUUUUUUUCCACUGUGACCGAGUGUGUAUUAUUAAACUUGCCGCGGCUGCAAAACAGCUGAAGCCGCUUGUCCCUCCUGACCUGCCGAGAAUCCGUUCAGGUAUUCGUGAGGAGUCAAUUUUGGACACUAUUUCAAUUUUUCACAUUUUAAUUUCCUCUCAGCUCUGGUUGGCAGCGGCCCGGUGUGAUUUACCGAGGCUAGUGCUGCAGUGACCUUUACAAAUCAGGAUUUAAACAGGCGGAUGUGGCAGUUAUUUGAAUUUAUAGCUUUAAUGUUUUUUUCGUUCUUCUAAUGUGAUGUCAUAAAAAAGUUAAAUGCAGAUGAAAGUGGUCUCUGGCAGCGUGCUAUACAUGCACUGAAUAAUAACAAACCCACAGCUGACGUCAGUGAGCUUUCGAGAAAUGCAGCAGGGAUGGAUUUACUUCAACAUUCUGACGUACAGCUCUUGUUUUGUUGUUGCCUAAAGGUGUCUUGAUGGAUGAUCUGUGAUAAAGAUGCGUAUUCAGGGGGACGAGCCUGUCUUUAUGUAAUCUGCUCAGCUAAUUGUGUCAGGGGCCGUUGUUAGCAGACACAGCCUGAUGUGGAUUUCCAGACUCUGUCAUGGCUGUCAGGUCGACAGAGUGGCAUAGCGUGAGCUCUCCGACUUGCUCAUUCAUGCAGUUUUUUUUCUCUUUGUGUGUGUCCCCUACCAGCUAACUACACCGCUGCAUUAAUUGCGUCCAUGAAAUAAACCGCUUGACAGCUCUGCUCCUUAAUAAACUCUGGGGGGAACAAAAAAGUCUAGUUGCACAACAGGGAAGCAAAAGGAGGAACAAAAGUUCGUAAAUGUUUCUUAGUCAACCACGAUAACAAUAAUUGUAGUAAUGAUACUGAAAAUAAUGGUUAGGUUUAAUUUAGUGUUGAAUAGGAAUCCAUUGUAAUUGCUGUGUGAUCAGAUCUGAUUUUACGUUGGAGUCACACAGACGCCUGUGGAUGCUGAAGCACCUGAAUAACCUAGUUUGGUGUGAUUGCAGGAGUAAGCUCUCAGAGAGCACAGACCUCCCCAUAUGGCAUCAUCAGAAAUACAACAUUAAUAACAAUGGAGUUGUAUGCAUUUACACUCACGUAACAACAGCAGUGACUGCAUUAAUUACUUUAUUUUAAAAACAAUCCACAACAUGGAGACAGGAUUUAAUGGUAAAUAAAACUGUAGGCAAGUGAGCUGUAAAACAGAGUCACAAUUUAUGAAGCUGCAAUUAAAUCCAGUUUAUUUGUCGUCUAAAUGACAGACAGUGUCACUUUAACAGACUGAUGAGGCAAAAAUGUGGCUUCAGUUUAUGACAUAGCUACCAAACCCAGAUGAUAACUAGACGAGCCCUCAGUAGAGGACAGAACCACGCCCUCUGCUAGCGAAAACCCUGUCCUCCCUAUACAACUGAUGCAAUAUGUAUCAAUUUUUAUCAUCGUACGUAUCUCCCUCCCUACUUGAUCUGCUGACCUGUAACUCCACAACUGAGCAGGGGACCUUAGACUGAUCUUCGGUGCCAAGUUUGAUUAUCCUGACUUCAGCGGUUGCAGAGAUAUCGGACCGGACAUAGCCACAUACAUACAUACAUACAUACAUACUUACUUACCCAGCCAGAUACCGCACCGAAUGCAAUAACCCCGCCGACGUACCCGUCGGGCGUGGUUAAUGAGCUCAUGUAACUUCUAUAAGCCACAACAGCAUGAUAAAGUGGAUAAAAUAUAUAGGAACAGAAUCAAAUAGAAUCUAGAAUUUAACAGCAUACAAAGGAUAAAUUAAUAACCAAAGUAAAGAAUAAAAUAUGAUGAUGAAAAAUUCUUCAUUAGAAACCAGUUUGAAGGUAGUUUUUUUUUAGAUUUUAACGAUGAAAUAGGAAGAGAAAAGUCCACAUUGUCAACUGCUUAUGUCUCUUUUCUGAUAGAGGUUUAAGGGGAAACUGUUUCUUGGACUGAGCAUUUCCAACUCUCUUCAUUCUAGCCUGACAAAGUUAAAACUCGAGUGCUAGCUCUGGGGUCAUCAGCGCAUUCGUUCACUCAGAAUCUGUUUUGUUCUCUGCUGUUCCUGGCUUUGUCAGAGUUGACACUAAAAAGUGAUCCAGGUUCCUGUUGUCACAGCUUAAACACACGGUUAAUAAUUUAGGUGAACCUUUUAAGCUGCAAAGAUCACUUUGUUGAAAUGUUAAUGUUGCUUGAACACAUUGUGUUUAAAUUAAACUGAAAUUAAUGUGUCAGCGGCGCUCCCCUAAUGAAUUUGGCUUGAUACCUUUUUAUUAACCACGAGUUCAAGAUUUCAAGGCCCUCCUCUUACAUGCCUGAGCAGAUUCUGGUUCAAGAGGAGAGUUAGAGGACCUGUAGUUUCAACAAAUAUAUCACAAAGAACAAAUUUUUUAAACCGUUAUCAACCUACAAAUUUACAACAUUUGAAAAUCCCUUUCAAAUAAUGUUGAAAAACUUGUUGGAAUCAGUUGCUUUUAUGAGGAAUCACCUUCAAAUGUAUUUGUUCCAGCAAUUAUGAGAUAAGUGGUACUUAAAAAUGCAUCUAAUUGUUAAGGAAAGGUUACUUCUUCUAACUGAGUGGAGUUCGGUGGUUGCAUUAGACAUAACUCUAAAAGCCUGAUGCAGUUCAGUUAACCCUUUACGCUUCAGUGCGUAGUAAGUGUACCAUCGGCGGUACACCUACUAAUUUGCAUAGGAAUUUCAAGAAUGUCCGACGGCUGCAAACCCGAUUAUACAAACACUAUACGCCGAUGGAAAGCUUAGAUUCUCAUGAAUCCGCCGGUAUAAACCACUUUCAGAUGUGAUUACCACAGCGGGUGAGAAAAACACAUUUGUCCGACAAAAACGAAUAUCCAUCCAUCCGUUCUCUAUACACGGCUUCAACGCACACAGCGCGACUCACAUUUCCGGGUUUAUUAUUACACACAGAAAAAAAGAUUCCACAAAAAACGGCCAUAAUCCAACCUUUUACAUCCAGACAACACAAGCCAGUAAACUAUUUUGUCCAAAACAUGUCCUGAAGUCGGUAUAAAAUCCACGAAUCGGUCAUUUUCAAGGAAAUGCACCUCGCGAUGUGCGUCCAAUAUUCCCUGUAUUUUUCAUCAUUUUUUUAUUUAAAAAUAGAAUAUUAGCGAUUUUUUUGUACUGAAAACGGCUGGAAUUGACUGAAGCUUAAAGGGUUAAUAGUUUUUUAUUGAGCUCAGUCAUUUGUUUUUAGAGUGCAGGUGGCAGAAGUGAGGAGGCACGAACGUUUAGAGGAUUCUGUUUCCACUGAGGUGUAGGAUCCAACAGAUUCUACAAAGUGGGCCAAAUGAAUGACUAGUAAACAUUAGUUACUGGAAGUAGCUCCAGUUCAAUGAGCACACAGUAAAUUGAACAAUGGAGGUGUGUUAUGUUAACAUACAUGUCUGUUUAUGAAUUUCAUAUGAUGCAAAAAGGUCAAAACUGAAAGCACAACCAGUGCUGUCCUUUGCAAGUUUGACUGAUCUGCAUCAAGAGCUGUAAGGCAAUUUUUCAAGACCUACCACGUAGAAGGCACUUUUUUUAUUCCUCAAAAAACGACCCUGAAAGAGGUUCUUGCAGUGAAACACAGUUCAGACACCCCAAGCUUCCAGAGUAGAAAAUGGAUUCAUGUCUCAGGGCGCUGUGACUUUCAGAACAAACAGUUGACAUCAAACUCUAAUUACAGACCUCAUCCAUUAUCUGCAGUCACUGUGGACAGUUUGGUGGCAUGAAAAGUUGUGCGUGUCAAACACCAACCUGCUAUUUUACCAACAUAAAAUGAAACGCAUGUAAUGCCUACAAUGCAAGACAUAAGUAAUCCUGUAAUAUCAUAUUGCUGCGGACAGCUGGAAAGCUUAAUUAAUGGAGCGUUAUGCUGUGAUGUAGAGUAGAGGAAACUGGAAAUCUUUAACUUCCUCUGAAAUGUUUAUGAGCCAAAGAGUCAGAAUGUGGCCCGAAUGCAGAAUGUUCCAACUACUAAAUGUUAAUAUCACUGUAGUUUCCCUAAAUGCGAGAUGAUUGCUCUUCCGCCUACACAGUUUACACCCUCAUCAGCACCAGCCCUGCUAAUUUCGCUGUGCAGCAACAGUAGAUGUCAGGCGGGGAGGAAGACGAGACGAGAUUUGCCCCAAAGCUACGAAUCUGGCAGCACGAGAGGAAAUUACACUGAUCAUGACCCGGGGGGUCCGAGCAAAAAGCUUCCGAUUGAUUUAGCAGGUUCCUCCUUUAGAGAGAAGAGAGCAAACUCUUGUGACACAUUCAGGACAAACCAUUUAUAAUCCAUGAGUUCAUCCUUUUCUUUCUGCUCUCUCAUUCUCGUAAUGGUGUUUUCUCGUUUCCUCCUUGAUUCAUUAAUCUUUCCGUCCUUCAUUCAUUGAUUCAUUCAUGAUUCUGUUCUCUGUUACUUUUCGUCAUCUUUCCUGUCCGUGUCUUCUCGUUUCUUUGUGUCUCUUCUUGUUUUGUAAUCAGUUUCAUUUCAUUCCCCUCAGUUGGGUCAUGAUGUGUUCCUGCCUUUUUCACCAUCCUAACUGUUUUCCCGUCGCAUGGAUGAAAGUCAGGGUCAUCGGUACAGAGAUCGCUGAAUGAAUCUUGAAUCUCCCAUUCCUUCUCCUCUAACCUCCCUCCUUUCCACGGGCUCCCUCUGUAUUCGAAUCUUGCUUACCAAUUGCACCGAUUCGUAAAAAGAAAUUGGACCCCCUUGACCUGACUGACCAGGUGGGCAGGCAGCAAUUGAGAGCUUGUCCAGUCCCUCAAACGGCGACGCCAAGCCUCUCUGAUCUGCUGCCCCUGGUAAUGAAUGUCCACAUGGCUCUGUGCAGAUAAAUGAGAGUGUGUGAGAGUGUGAGAGAGAUAGGGGCUUAGGAAGAGGAGCGGCGAGGCGGAGGUGUGUUUGUGCGAUUCCUCUUGUGUCCCGGUGUGUGUCUGUUGAUGAAUGGCAGCGACUACAGCUGCAACUCCCCUCUCCCUCUUUGCCACAACCUUGUCCUUCCUCAUCACUCAAGCCGAAUGGCGGCGAGGACGACGACCGUGAGUGAGCUUCUGGUUUCGAGCUCGGCCAAAACGUGCUGCUACUCCCCCCCACAAGGCAGGAAUCGGCCCCUGAAUGCGUCGCCAGCCUUACACUCAGUGUGCAUCGGUGUCUACUCCGGCAGGAUUUCAUCCUCGGCGCUCUUGAACAGACACAGUAGUUGCCUGAGCUGGAGUUGGCUUCUUUAGAUACAAUCCUUUUAUUUCACGCUGCUCCCACGGCUGGUUUGGCAAAGCUCCCUUCUUCUUGCUGCUCUUAAAUCCCUGCAAUGAUCAGUGUAAAAAAAAAAAGGGGAGAAAGGAAACUUCUGUUGAAAAUCCUCCACUGUGUCACUUUGCCUCUGAGUUUAAAUUUCGCCUGAACAAGUGGACAUGGUACAUAGUAGGGCGGUAUGUUUUCGUGCUCCUGAUCCUCCUCUCUUUCCACUUCCACACCUGCACUAAGCCACACUGCUCUAUGCUAAACUUGUGUUGUACAACUCCCUCGUCGUUCCUCCCUGCGCCUCCUCCUCUCCUUGCCGGGGUUGGACGUGUCGAGGUGGGACUGUAGUUAUUAGCUGUCAGAGCCUGACGUUCAUUUGGCGUUAUCAGCACUUGUUUAAUGGCUACUUAAUGGGAUUAAUGGGCAUAAGGUAAUGAGCGUGGGAUGAAGGAAUGGCUGUGGGGUCGAAGAAAUGGAUGGGAGAGGGGAAAAGGAAAAGGUGAUGGAAGGUAGGGAGGGAAGGGAGCGUUGCAAAUGGCUCACCGACUUUGGAGGGAUUUGCUUACGACAGGAGAUUGGAAAGAGCUGCAGAUGGCAAAAGUACAAUCCGGGGUCUCACAGUGCAAACACAGAAUAUGUUUCCACGAGUUUAGCGCCGGAAUUUUGAUGCUAACACAGUUCCCAGUGGGCUUCAGCAUUGCUCAGUUAUGUAUAACACUUGCAGCAGACUUGAAUAAGCAGCUUGGAGAUACAAACUGUAAUAUCUACUCCCUCUGCCUCCGCUUAUUUUUCAACUGUCUACGAGAAUGGAAAUGCAGAAAUCUGCCGGAGUGAGCGGACAUUCUCGCCCAGAGGAAGGUCUCAUGGCUGUUUUAGUAUUCUAGGUAAUGGCCCUAUCCUUUCCAAGCCAGGAAAUUUGGAUGAGGGCUAUAUUGCACGGAGCGAGGAAUUUUAAUGUCGUCACAGAGGUGACUCUCCCCUGAGUUAUGACAAAAAUAUUGAUCACGCUUCAGCGUCUCGCAGGAGGAGGGGGAACGGCAAGGGCAACGAAGAGAGGAAUAUUGAAUAGGGUAAUGGUAAAAGGCAGCCAAACGUAUGAGGGCACUCAAGACGGAGCGAAAGAGAGACUGAUGGAGGGGUAAGAGGGGGGAGAGGAGCAGACAAAUGAAAAGCACCGAGGAUGUUUGCACCGGUUCCACAGCCAAAAGUAGCCGUUUAAAUCUAUCCGUUAAGAGCUGGAAAAGUAAUGAUCAAGCUGAUAAUUAGAGUGGUGUCAAAUGAGCCGUGUUGUCAAAAUGAAUGAAUUCCAUUUCUCCUCAGCCACACGAUUUGCUAUAAAUACCUCCCAUCAUUAUUGUUUCGUCUUGAUCUAAAGAUAGCAAAAAGUUGGAAUCUCGUUAGCUUCAGGCAAAGCUAAUCUGGGACGUGUAAGAAGAAGACUUAUUACUCUGUCUUCCUCUGCAGUCCACUGGUCCAUGGCUAAUAAGGUUAUAAGGAGGGGAAUACUGCUUUAUAAAAGGCCAUUCAGUUCUCCCGUGGAAUCCCAUCACACCUCUAAUUACCAGCUUGAGGAAAAAAGGUUUAAACCCUCCGCAUCAGUCUAAAAGGCCUGAUGGAGAGGUUGACAUGUAAUUGUUUACUGCGGUAACACAAUCACGAAGCCGGUGAGCUGCUGUUUUCUGGCUUUACAUGGCAGAUGUGUGUAAUCGUUCAGCCUGAGAGUACAGAGAAAAACACUUUGGGAAAAUCCAUGUACUCAUUUACCCUAAAAUUCCUUUGUUAUAAAGCAAGAGUUUUUUUUGUUUUCGCACCUCCCCUACAAAGCCAGGAGAAUUGAUUCUGCACAGCACUAGUAAUUAGCUCGCGUUAUGAGAUCCCUGCUGCCAGCAAAGCAACGCUGGAAAACCAAAGCUGCUGUGGUUUUAAUGCCAGGAUCAGGUGCUCAGAUGUUCGACAGGCUGCCUGGCCGUGGGGCUAAGCCCGGGCUUAGCCCUGACUCAGAGAGAUUGUCGUGCGCAGAGGAGGAAGGAAAAAUUGCCUUUCGUGGAUUCAGGCAGAUUAUAGAGUUUAAGUCACCUGUCUACAACAGUUCAUGGUCACAACGAAUACUUUCCAUCUAUCUUAGGAGCCAUUUCCUUUUUGGGGGGGGGCUGACAAUGACAGAUUACAAUAUUGCUCCCAGACUUCUACUUGGCGUCGUCGCCAUCCCUCACGAUGGCAGUUGUCAAGUACAGCAAAGCAGGCUGGGCCCAGUCUACUCAGUUCAGCGCAGUUCGGAGGCAAAAUAGGACAUCAAUCAACGAACCGGUGCUAUUUUUCUGCACGUACUGCGGGGACUUUUUUUUUUUUUUUUGAGUAAUUGGAAGAGAAUGAAGCUGUUUGUUUUAAUGACAAACAUAAAUGUUGUGUGGUGACAUUUCUCGCUAAUUGAAGAGAAAUAAAUUUGCUGUCAUAAGCGCAGACGUAAUCAGGAUUUGCUUGAGAACCGUGUUUAAAGGUCAGAUUGAGCUGCACGCUGGUUGACCUUUACAUGAGGGAAUUUAUGGUAUAGAUGCUGGUGUUUUUAGUCUUUAACAGUGCGUGAGGAUGAAGUUCUUGUACGGGAUCACAGAGAAUGACAGGUGGGUUUGUGUUGUGUUGGUUGGUGGAGUAUCUGCUGAUCUAAGGACAGUAAAACUUUUGUCUUUGCUUCUUGUACUUCCUUAAACUUUUCGAGACGAAUCCAAUAAGCCACUGAUCUUCAGUGGCACGUCAGGCAAAGUCUUUUGUUAAAGAGUAACUUUCCUGGAGUGAACAGGGGGAAAGGCCUUGUCACUGUGGAACAAUGAAUCGUUCAGCCUUAACUUCCACUUCCUUGACAUUAGCGGGUUGGCAUUUUUCCACUAUAAAUCAGCCUCUCUGCAGACUGAAAGUCCUCUUUCUGUGCUAUAUGACUAGAAUGAUGUUGCCCAUUUGUAAGAGGUUGAAGCUUUACAUUUUUCUGAGGUGGAAGUUGAACCUUUUGUCAUUCAAAUGGGCUCCAUUUCAGCCAAAUGACUUCAAAUUAACAGCCAGUAGGAUUUCAUUCAGAUUUGGGAGAUCAUUAGCUGCUCUUUUAGGCUCCAAAGAAUCCAUUUUCUGUACUUUGUCAGGAGACUGGUUACUAGUUGUUGUGGAAUAUGCAACUCACCAUCAACCUGUUGCCCAAAAACAACAGAAAAAAAUGAUUCACUCUAAGGCCAAAUGUGGCAAAAAAAAAAAAAAAAAAUCACAAUGAAGCCAGUUUGACAUGUAGUCUUUGCACUUUUCCCCCACCCUCCUCCUCUUCCUCCUCUUUCUCUCUGGCCUCUUGCAUCUCCUGUAGUGCAUUUUGCUAGUUUUACUUCAGCUCCUCUUGACAGAACUGCAUUGCAACCCUCCUCCUCUUCAUCUCAGUGCAUCGCCUCUCCUCUCCUGCCCGCUGCAGUAUGGCAGUAGAUUGUUUCUCUACAGACUCGUGCAUCCCUCCUUCCUGCUAUUGCCUUCACAGUAUGUUGCCCCCCUUCCUCCCUGCCCCUCCUAAGUCUCCCCCACUGCCACACACUCACCCCUCGCUGAGUGUUGGCAGCAGUGCGACACCUUAGAUAAUCGAGCCUUGCUGUCUUGUUCGCUCCUUGAUAGACAAAGCGGUUGUUUUCCUUAACGAGGACAAACAACGUAUAGUUGGUAACGUGUUGUUAGUAUAUGCUGUGUUUAAUUCUGAUCUUUUUUUUAUUAGACCCCAAAGGCUCCAAAAAUGAAGCUACUCACAAGAAAGGUCCGCCUGUAAACGUAACCUGCAACAUUUUUAUCAACAGUUUUGGGUCCAUCGCUGAAACAACAAUGGACUACAGAGUGAACAUCUUCUUGAGACAGCAGUGGAACGACCCUCGGCUGGCCUACAGCGAGUACCCCGACGACUCGCUGGACCUCGACCCCUCUAUGCUGGACUCCAUCUGGAAACCUGACUUGUUCUUCGCCAAUGAGAAGGGGGCCAACUUCCACGAGGUCACCACCGACAACAAGCUGCUGCGCAUCUCUAAAAACGGCAACGUGCUCUACAGCAUACGAAUAACACUGGUCCUGGCCUGUCCCAUGGAUCUGAAGAACUUCCCGAUGGACGUCCAGACGUGCAUCAUGCAGCUGGAGAGCUUCGGCUACACCAUGAACGACCUCAUAUUCGAGUGGGAUGAGAAGGGAGCCGUGCAGGUGGCCGACGGCCUGACGCUACCUCAGUUCAUCCUUAAAGAGGAGAAGGACCUGCGCUACUGCACCAAACACUACAACACAGGUAAAUUCACCUGUAUCGAGGCUCGUUUCCACCUGGAGCGUCAGAUGGGUUACUACCUGAUCCAGAUGUACAUCCCCUCGCUGCUCAUCGUCAUCCUGUCCUGGGUUUCCUUCUGGAUCAACAUGGACGCUGCGCCUGCCCGGGUGGGCCUGGGCAUCACCACUGUGCUGACCAUGACCACACAGAGCUCCGGUUCCAGAGCCUCCCUGCCCAAGGUGUCCUACGUAAAAGCCAUCGAUAUCUGGAUGGCCGUAUGCCUGCUGUUCGUGUUCUCGGCUCUGCUGGAGUACGCCGCCGUCAACUUCAUCGCCCGCCAACACAAGGAGCUGCUGCGCUUCAGACGGAGGCGACGGCACAUGAAGCCUGAGUCUUGGCCUGUGUUGCAGGAGGAUGAGACGGGCGAGGGGCGUUUCAGCUUCCCCGGCUACGGCAUGGGCCCCACCUGCCUGCAGGCCAAGGACGGCAUGGCCAUCAAGGGCAACAACAACAACGCCCCGGCCUCGGCCGCGCCCGAGAAGAGCAUCGAGGAGAUGAAGAAGCUGUUCAUCAGUCGGGCCAAGCGCAUCGACACGGUGUCCCGCGUGGCCUUCCCGCUCGUCUUCCUCAUUUUUAACAUUUUCUACUGGAUCACGUACAAGAUCAUCCGCAGCGAGGACAUCCACAAGCAGUAGAGACGGAGGAGGAGGAGGAGGAGGAGGGCAAGAACGGUGCGAAGAGGAGAACGCAGAGAAAGAAAACGGAGAGAGAUGACUUCAAUUGGAGAUAUCAUUGGCCCUUUUUGUCCACCAUGCCUCCUGCCCUCAUCUUCUUUCUUCACCCUCUUCCUCUUUCGGUCGAGGACAAGUCGCUUUCCGUGGCGGUCAACCUGAGCCCUACUAGAUAUUAUUUAAGAUAUUCAUCGCUUUGUUUUCCCUUUAUUCUUCUUUCCCGCCCCGAAUCCCGCUCCCUCUUCCCGUCUCUUCACACCUCCUGAAUAAUCCGGACCAGUGCAAUAGCAAUGCAGUAAAAUGCAUGAUAUAUGAAUGUGGCAAUAUAUUAAAGAAAAGAUGAUAAAUGAAAAAGUAAAACACAGACUUUUUGCAGGCGUGCCCGACAAACUGUUGUGGGAGUGGACGGACUGGAGCAACAGAAGACGACGAGAGCGUCUUGUAAAAGAUCUUGUAUUUGAUUUUAGUUUUUGUGUGGAGACAGAUAUAUAAUUCUAUAUGAAAAAGUGAUGUUGGGACGGGGUGGGGGAGGUGCAAGAGGCAUACAGCAGUGUAAUAUACUCAUAUAUCUAUCAGAAUUGGGGAGGGGGGGGAUGUGAACUUUCCAAAGGUGGGCAUCUGGAAACGAGGGAUUUUUUUCACCAAAAAAAUGAGGAAGGAAGGAAGGUGGAUCAGUGCUUCCAUGGAAUAAAGCGAUGCAAGGAUCACGCAUUCUAUAUAUCUAGAUUUGCUUCAAACGUGUAUUGCAAGCACUCGUCAAAGCUUUCCCUUCCUCCCGCUGCCGACACCACGAAACCUUGAACUGCAGAGACACCUGUUGCUGUCAAUCACUCAACUGGACAAAAAAAAAGAAAACAAAAAAAAAAAUGAAUUAAAAAACAAAACAAAACAACAACAACACUGGACAAACAGUGCUGAAGAUCAUGAGACAGAAUAUCUCAUUUAUCUGUGCUCCUCUACCUGUCCUCGAUUUAUUUCAUGUCGCAUUUGUUGUUUUCUUGUUUCGAUCGACUUACGUGCCAACCGAACUCGUCGCUUGUGGCCGUGCGGCGCUCUGCAGCUCCGAGCUUUUCGUCCAGAGGAAGGGAGGGGGGCGGUUUAAUGUCAGUCAACGGCGUCUCCUCACGUGCUUCUUCUGAAUAUGUUUUUUUAAUUUAUUGUUAUUAUUUAUCGACUGGAGAAAGAGCCGGACAGAGUGAUAGGCAGAUCCUCGUUUGUUGCUUUCCCCCGUUGUGUUGGACUGACACUGAAACAUCGACAUGUUUACAUCUUAUUGUGCUUCCUUGCUUUGGCCCCGCCUUAAUGUGACACCCAGCAGCCCACCCAUCCCCGAAACAAAGCUCCAGCUGAGAGGACAAGUGUUGUAAAUGAUCAAAACACCUGCUGUACCUUAAUUAACUGUGUCUCCAUCUCACUCACAUGUCGUAGCUGCGAACUUCAUGGAGCGACAUCGCCGCCCGCAGACCAGCAGGAUUCAUUUGGUCGUAGCCAUGUUGAUCAUUCAGUAUUUGACUCCUAAUUAAGCAGAUUUUAUUUUUUUGUAUGCCAGGCUUCUCUAUGCAACGAGCAGUAUAUGCAAUUAUGAGUUUUUCUUUGCUCCUCCAUCUCAAACAGGCCACUUUUUCAUGCUUUUCAUGCUUAUCUGUAAAAGCAGAGAUGAUAAAUCUGCCCAGGCACUUUUGCCCACUGCAUGUAUGGAAAAAAAAUUAAAAAGAGAGUAUUUUAGUAGAAAUCUGCAGGACGCAGAUUGAACCAAACUGAGCCAGACAGAAAGUGGAGAGGAAGGAGGCAAAUCCAGCCGGAUGCAAGUGUUUUUCUUUUAAUGGUUGUUUCAUGUUUUUCCUACGUCAUCUCCUCUUGUCUGCUAACUCAGAAAAUCCCAAAGUGCUUCUUUAUUUCACAGAUGAUAGGAAUUUACAGAGAGAUUACGAUAUGUAGCGAAGAAAAAAUACAAUUUAAGAUUUCUUGUGUUGUUAUUGGCGCCCCCGUUCAUUCGAAAGGUUUACAGCGUCACAGAGUUCAAAAGAAAUUUGAAAAGAUUAGCAUCACAGAGUGAGAACUGGGAGGUGAUUAGCCUAGCUUAGCAUUACUGGCCAAUACAAGUGUGAAUAUGUGUUUGUAUUUUAGUUUGAGCACUGGCUAAACAAAGGGGAGUAGUGCUAAUGGUUGAGUUUUGGGUUGGGACAAUGUGUCUUUAUGCUAAGCUAAGCUAAUGACCUUCUGAUUUCGGCUCUCUAACUCUCAGAACAAAAGUUUAGGAAAUCAUGAAUAUUAUUUUUUUAAUAUAGAGUGAUCAAUUAGCCCAUCCCAAAGUGCUUGUUUACUUCACAAACGAGAGAAAUUUCCAAAUUUCCAGUUUUGUUGUGAAGAAAAAGUAAAAUUUAAGAUUAACUAUGCUGUUGGUAUUGGUGCCCCUGUUCAUUUGAAAAGUUUCCAGAUCACAGAGUUCAAUAUUGUGGUUAAUUCCUCCUCAAAGAAACUUGAAAAGAUCACUUUAAUGCAUUGGGUACAGAGCUACAAUGGGAGGUGAUUAGCCUAGCUUAGCAUUACUGGUCAAGAAAAGUGUGAAUAUGUGUUUGUAGUUUUAGCUUGUGCACUGACUAAAGAAAAUGGAAAUAGCAUGUAAAUUAGUGCUAAUGGUUGAGUUUUGGGUUGGUACAACGCGUGUUUAUGCUAAGCUAAGCUAAUGACCUUCUGUUUUUGGCUCUCUAACUCUCAGAAAAGAACACGUUUCCCAAAUUAUGAUUAUAAUUUCUUUAAUAUAGAGUGAUCAGUGAACCAUCAUUUUAUUUUGAGCAAGAACAAAGAGGAGAAACAUGGUUCAAUGUAUGUUAAACAUAAAUCAUGAAAAAAACAUUUCACUACAUUUUCCCAACUGGGUUUUGAAGCAAAAUCAAAGAUGUUUUUUUUUUGUUUUGUUUUUUUGUCGUGUUUGACGUGGUUGCCUUUUGCUGCUGAGGAUGUAACGUCACAUUCACUUGUGUUCACUAAACUGCCAGAUGCAGUUUUGGUUUUGUCAGAAUCAUUUCUUAAAUACAAAUGUUAUAAUAUGUACGAAAUCUUUUCGUAUGGAAAAUUUGUGCAAUCUCCCUCUACAUCCUUGUAUUCCUCAACCCUUUCUACCUACAGGUAAAACACAUUUAGUCCGUAUGCGUUUUUGAAACACUCAGACUUUUUUUGUUUGGUUGAGAAGAUGAUCAUUCUUAGUGUGUGUCAACAUGUGUGUAUAUUGUUUUAGUCCAUCGAUCGUGAACUAAAAAUUACCUUUCGUGACUUUACUUUAUUUCGGAGUGUGAAAGACUGAUUCGAAGGGCUAUGCCACAAACAUAUGUUCUUCUGUUCACAUUCCAGCGUGUUUGGACAAGUGGAAGCGCCAUAAAAUACGAUUUUGCCCCAAAAACUAUGCAUUUCAUUCAGCGAAUCAUCCCCAAAUACAGUGACGUGAAUCUCUUCAAGGCCAUGAUCACCUAGGAUGCUUAUUUUUCCCCUGUCUUUUAAUGACAGCUGAAGUUUGCAGGUGGCAUUUAGAAUGUGAAACAAGGAUGAAGCAAAAACUAGCAAAGUAAGAUGUUUUAUUUUCCAAGAGAUUCUUCCCAGAACUCAACUCUUACACUUCAAUGUAGCAAAACAUGAGAGAAAUCAGCGCAGAAGUUAGCAAAAUGCUAUUUAGCUGAACCAGAAAUCCUCUUGUUUUUGCAAAAAGGUAAUGCUAAAAUGAGCUUAGUGGUAAUAUUGACUGUUUUGAUCACAUAAGUAGCUCCAAUGUAGCAAACUGUGAGUAAAUCGGACAUCAUGCUUAGCUGGAAACAAACAGACGUGAUGUUUAGCUUGCCUGACAGAAGCUGGAUUGGAUGGCAAUGGGCUGCCAGUGUAGCCGUGAGGCAAAGCUCUCUUUACUGGUCGACCUGCAUCUGCAUGAUCUGCACGAGGCUCCUAAUCCGGUGUCCUCUCUGGAAGGAAGUCUGCUCAGGACUCGCCAUGGAGAUGAUAUCUCCCGGCUGGCCUGGGGGUUUUCCCAGGAGCCAAGCUGGAGGGAUGUCUGAGCAGCUCUGCUCUUCUUUUUGCCACCGUAAUUAGACCACGUGGUUGAAGAAGAUGAUUGGAUGAUGGUAAUUUCCCAUCCAUUUGGCAUUUCUUUGUUGGAUUAAACUACAGUCUUUCUUUGAUGCAACUCUCCCUGAUCUUCAGUUGUCCCAAAAACCAGCUCAGAGAUUAUGCUUUAACACUUUCAGUCUAAUUUCUUUCCAUGCUUUGCUAAAGACCAGGCCGUUAUAUUUACAGUAUGUAACACGUCAACCCCACAAAGAAGCUUCUCGUACAGUCUUUGUUGAAAAAAAUGUACCUCUUAGGGUUUUAGAGCAUCGUAAAGCCCAACCUUUUUGUACCAAAGGGCAGCUUGUGAAGCAGUCUCCGUCAAUUUCAUUGCAAACGCCUGAUCAAAAAGGCUCCUGACUAAAUAAUGAGCAGAGACUGAGAUAACUGUGGAAUUACAAAUGACUAACAGUGCCAUCUAGAGAUCCUGUGACCAAACAGUAGAAAGCUAACAUGAAACCCUUCAAAGUGGGGGCAUUUAAUUCAUUCCUCUUCAAUGAGGACAAACUGGAGGGUUGAUGUUAUGACUUAGCUCAUUAGAGAAAAGAAAGGUGUUUGUGGUAAAUUAGUCAUUUAUUAACAAAGGAAUGAUGGUGUUAGGAAAAAACUAAAUGAUUGAAGGACUUGUGAUUCUUCUAGAGUCUUUGUGAAAAAAGUACCUCUUAGGGUUUGAGAGCAUCAUAAAACCCAACCUUUUUGAACCAAAGGGCAGCUUGUGAAGCAGUCUCCAUCAAUUUCAUUGCAAACGUGUGAUUAAAAUGUCUCCUGACUAAAUAAUGAGCGGACACUGAGUUAACCAUGGAAUUGCAAAUGACAAACAGUGCCAUCUAAAGAUCCUGUGAGAUGUCGGAGUGACAUAAAUGAUGUAAACCAGCUCUGACUGUCUCCAUUUGCCUCCUCUCUGAUCACGGCCGAAACCCGAGUGGGGAAACCUCCUCAGCAGGCUCAGUCUAAUUAGGAUGACUCAGUUUUUUUUUUUACCUCGCGUGCCAUAAACUUCCGCAACGAGCCUAUUUGCCAAAAGCAGUCGUCCGUUUCCUCGAGCGUACAUACAUAUCUUCUCGUGCCAUAUGGGGGUUGAAUAUGCAACUAAGAAAACGAGAACCUACAAGCAUAUCAUGCAUUUAUUCAACCACCAUGAUUUCCAUGAUUCAUGACCCCUGUCCUCAGGCGUGGGUGUUGUGUGUAUCAUAGCCAUGUUAGAGCUCCGUCAUUGGCCUCACAUCAUUGUAUUAAUCAUUGUUCUACUCUGUGGGUCUGGGGAAGGGAGGGCUUCAUAACAUGAGAUAGAUACUGGGUUUAUAUUGCAUUACGGUGCGAUGCGAUGCAAACGGACUGAACACCGAACAAGAGGGAUGCGUUUUUGGAAGUUUCUAAAUCCUUAGGUUCUGAACUGGAUUUUAAAGUAGCAUGGUUUGAUUUGUUGAUGAUUAAUGAUUCUCUUGGUUUUUUGGGGGUUUUGUUUGAUUCCCUUGUAUUUUAUUGUAUGUAUUGUACAAUCCGACGCCCUGAGGGAGAAGGAAAAAUACAGUGACUCCUGAAUUGCUGUGAACUAAAGGAAACAUUGUUAUUUAUUAUUAUUAUUAUUCUGAUUCUUGAUUUAUUUAUUUUCUUUGCACAAGUUGGAAUGGCCUUAAUUUUGCUUUUACUUGCUUCUAUUGUGUAUUGGCACAAAGUGCACCUGUUUAAUUUGCAGAACUUACGAUGCUCAUUGCGACGCUUAUAAUCUGAGAGUGCACAUCAAAGCAGGAUGAAAAAAAAUACUACAAGAAAAGUUCAGCAAAUCCUUUUUAUUUUUCAUUAAUCUGAGAAACAAUAUUUUGCAUGAAUAUAAAUACAAUGGCAGAUAUUUUGGCUUGUACAAAAAAUGUGAAGCAAUUUGAAGAGAAAAAAAAGAAUGUACCGUUUCUGCUGUAUCUGUAUAUAUCUAAAUAUUUAUUGAAAUAUGUCAUACUACUAAUUCUAUUAACGAUUAAAGGUUUUCUGAACAAAAAUCUCUUUACCUGUUUUUGAACAUUGUCAAGGUUGUUGGAGUUGGAUCUUAAGCUUUCUGUUACUCGACUCAAGGAUCUGUGUAAUCAUUGAAGAAAAAGUAUUAAAAAUUGCAAAUAAA